GGCAGGACCUCUCUCUCCUCCUCUCGCCGGACGCACAUCCUUUGGCACUGGUAUUGUAUGAUGACUGCCAUCAGUAACCCGCCCUGGAUCUGCCAAGGCAAGAGAGUAGGGUGAUGGGAUUGCGACUAUCCGUUGCGGCUGCGGUAUGCUUCGUCGGCCUGCCCGCUGCCGUCUGGGGAGAUGAGCAUGCCGUCGUUGUCAGCGCCGAUGGAUCGGCGCCACCCGCGGCCACCGCAGCGACAGAUCACGACGCGCCACACAGACGGGUCAAUCAGCACAAACACGGGAAUAUGGAAAGCCACGCACGGCCUCAUUGUCUGUCUGUCGUGCCUGUCUGUGUGCGUCUGUUGGUAACAGAUCCGCGGCCAGUUGAGGUCGCCGCCGGCAACUCAUGCAGACCAUUCUUCUGGACAGUCAGCAGUUGAGGCUGCCGACUCAGUACACGACCCGUCUCUCCCUCAUCAGCGGACUCUGCAGAUCUCGAGACGGAGGCGCAGUCGUCGGAGGCUGGACGACGAUGAGGAUGAGGAUGAGGACGAGGACGACGACGACGACGACGACGAGGAGGACGAGGAUGAUGAUGAGGACAAUGGCUUUGGCGGCGGGUUUGAUGACGACGACGAUGAUGAUGUAAGCACACUGGCAUGGCAUGCAGACAGGCAUUCCGGCCGGCAAAUCGAACGAACGACCAUGCGUGUGUGUUGCGCUGGCUGGCUGCAGCCGUACGAGGAUGACGAUCUGGACAGGAGGCACGAAAGGCCAAGGCCAAGACCAAGACUGCCGUGACCCUCUCCAUUAUACACACUAGGGUAGAUGGAUGGAUGUACGUGUACCUUACCGGCAGCAAUCACUGCGUACCGACGACACACAACCAUACAAAUACAGGGAGGGAGGGACAGAAAGGCCGGGUGGGUGGGUGUGAUGGUGUGAGGGUAGGUAGGUAGGUAGGUAGGUUGGUAGAUGCAGGCAGGGCUUUUGUGUGUGCGUGUUGCCUGGUUGGUUGGUUGGUACGUGUGUGCGUAGGUAUUAGACAGACUCCGACUAGGAAGAUAUGACCCCGGUGCGCAGAGAAGGGUGCGCUGGCGGCUUGUUGUGUCUUCCUCGUCACCUAUUAAAGGGCGGGCGGGAGGGGCGGACGGACGGACGGAUGGAUGGAUGGAUGGGCGAGAGGAGGGGAGAGGGGGGAUGGGUGGGUGGGCAGAGAGGUAGGGGUAGGGUACGCGAGUCAGUCAGUCAGCCACUCACUGUUUGUGUGGUUGCUGUUUUCUACGGCCGGCUAUCUAUCGGGUCGUCUCUCUUUGUCUUUGCAGACAGAAGGCAUUUAUGUGUCUGUCGCGAGGCGAGGCACCUACCCUACACACCUAAAUGCACACACGAUAUUCACACACAUGUGCGCACCGCACCUGCCUGCCUGCCUGCCUGUUUUCUGGCUCUUUUGCAUGUGAGUCCCUCAGCCAGCCAGGCAGGCAGCCAGGGGUGGAGGGAGGGAGGGAGGGAUUCAGCCAGCGAGGAGUGUACCCGCCCCGCCGGCGAUGUAUUCCCUCCCUCCCUCAUUCACUCAUCCACUCAUCCACUCCCCACGUAUCUAUGUGCGGCUGCCAGCCAGGCAGCUUUGAUGAUGUGCGUACCUGCGUAUCAUUUGGGGCCUUUAUAGUCCUUCAGUGCUGCAAAUGCAUCCAUUCGUGAUAUGCCAUGCCAUGCGGUCAACACUCACGUGCGGGUGGGAUGGGUCAAGCGGGGUAUAUGACAGGUGGGGGAGUGUGUGGAGUGGAGGGCGUUAUUUGCCGUCAUUUGAGCAUGCACAGCAGGGACGGACGGACGCCAUCCAUUUUUCUCUCUGUGCAGUGAGUGAGUGCAUGGCCACAAACGAGAGAGCAGGGGGGGACAAGGCAGACUGUGAGGGAUGAUGCGUGUGCUGUCUGUCGAUGACACUGUCUGUGGUGACACUUUGGCCUCUUUUGUGUCGUUUUUAUCGUGCGUGUACAGUGAUCGAUCGAUCAGUCGGUGGGGUUGUUCGCCUGCCCGGCCUGCCUCUCCUUCCCCCUCCCCCUCCCCCUCCCCCUUGUAUGUGGCUGCAAGAGAUCGAUCACUUGAGUGUGCGUCUGUACGUAUGUGGUGGUGUGUUGCCCUUUCAUCCGGUGGCUUGGUGAGGGAGUCAGUCAGUGUAAGCUUUAUAAACAAUCCUGGCCUGCCUGCCUGGUUUGUGUCGUCAGUCUCUGUCUGUCUGUCUGUCUGUCUGUCUUUGUCUGCCUGGGUGCCUGGUGUCUGUCGGUGGUUAAGGCAAGGAGUGCCUGUGCGGUGCGUGUGGUGCGCUCCAAAGGAACCGAUUGCUGCAUUCGUGCAGGUGUGCAUGCCGUGCCGUGUGCCUGUCUCGUCUGCGUGGGACCGACAAGUUGAGCAGUGAGUGAGAUGUGUCGACUGGCACGGAUUUUCACUGCUCACUACAGCCAUGCGAACCGAU